AUGGACAAGUAUAUAAAUGCAGUCAUCUUAGAUCCUGAAGUAAAAUUUGCAAGGUUUUCUUAUUUAUCUUCAUGCUCAAUGCACUGUUCGGAAAUGAAUUUAUUUUUCAAGUACGGAGAAAGGUUUGUCUUGAAGUGUGAAGAUAGAUGCCAUACUAAACAUGAAGAGUUCAUGAGAUGUUUUAAUCCAAUUCAUAAGAGAUUGGUAACAGAAAUAGGAGAGUGUAUGAAGGUGCAUGAUGAAGAAAGUCAAAAAGAGAAGCUUAAAGAGUGCAUAUUGGCAGCACAGGUGAAAUCGUUAGGAGAACUUAGGAAGUAUAUUAGAAAACAUAUUGAUCCUAAGAAAUUUGCAUAG